GAAGGCUAACUCUAAACGCUUACUUUGCAUGUUUGUUUACAGAUAAGAAUAACAAAAGGGAUAGUAACGAAACCACUGAUUACACGAAUGAAGCAAAUUAUCUUCGUAAGCUGUUGAGGCUUAACUUCUAUUCGGCAUUCAAAUUAAAGGGGAACACAUGGAACUUCCAUCGAAUUUACUGUUUCGUCUUCUUGGUACAAAUCAUAAAAGUAGCUCUACUUACAAGUCAGAUGAUCCAUUUUGGAAAUGACCGAGGAAACUUUAGUUCAGUUGUUAACAGAGGCGAUCUUGUUCUUCGACAUCUUCUUUUAGAAAACUGGGAUGCCAGCUGGGAAACGCUGCCAUAUCCUCCUGCACAAGGAGACUUUGCCGUGUAUACGAUAGAUGAUCUCGAGAGAGGUAUUAACUACGCUGUUAAAAACUAUUAUAACGCAGAAAGAGAAGCCAUUGGUUACUAUGUUCGAACAGCAGACGACAAAAUGACAGCAACAACGAAAUAUUUUGACUUUCCCGGUUUUCAUGGUAGGAGUAUUGGAGAAGGAAUAACCAUAUCUGAGAUAACGUUUCCAGUUGACAAAGGACUGUCUGCAGAAGUAACGCAAGCCAAUGAGACAGUGUACAAUUAUAAUAUUACCCGUGAAUUUGAUCAUCACAAUGUGACGCAACCAAUUAAAAGGAUGUUGUCAACAACACUUCGCUUUAAGCUUCAUUCCGUACGUUCACACGAAAGCAGUAGGAAAGCAACAUGUCUACGAGUAGAGGGCUCGGUGGAAUUUGUUGAUCUGGACAAUAGUGGUCAAGUGUUGGUUGACCUUGAUACAAGAUCUAGUAGAAUAAAGUGUAAAGACAUGAAUCUACCUUUGUCAGACUGGCAACUAGAAAACACCUCAGAAGACAUCGGGGCCUCAGUGAUUGCUUUAUGUGUUUUAUCAUUAGUAUUGACGACUACCACUAUGGUUUUUGCUGCUUAUGCUUUCUGGAGAACUAAACAGUUUAUGAAGAAUCACUAUCAGACAUACUUCGGGGUUGUAGAUAAAGAUGAGACGGACCUGCCAGCGUCAGAGUACUUUCGGUUUUUGAAAUUCUGGGAUAUAAUCGUUAUUAUCUCUGAUAUAUUGACUAUAUUCGGCACACGCUGGAUAGUGUCUAAAACAAGGCAAAGUGAAUUGGAGCUCGAGUUGCUAGAUUCUUACACCGUAUGGUUAGGAGUCGGUUGUGUACUGGCGUGGCUAAGCUUGCUUAGGUUCUUCAAGUUUCAUAAUAAAUUCCAUCUGCUAUUUAGUACACUAUACAAAGCAUUUUGGGAUGUGAUUGCAUACCUUAUUUGUGUAGGUGUGUUGUUUGUCGGGUUCUGGGUUUGUGGGUAUGUUGUUAUGGGACCGUACCAUGUCAAGUUCCAAACUCCGGAAGCAGCCGCGGAGACGCUGUUUGCUGUUGUUAACGGCGACGAGAUAUACGCUACCUUAGCAAUAAUAGAGUCAGACAAAAGCGGGGGAGACUGGGUGUGGUGGUUUUCAAGGUUCUAUCUCGGAGCUUAUGUCGCAAUAUUUACAAUAGUUGUUAUCAACCUCCUCAUAGCUCUCUUCAUGAGUGCCUAUGAUUCUAUUAAGACAUACAAUAACGACAGACCGGAUGAACGAGAAUUAGGUCCGCUGGAGGAAGCUCUGCGUCGAGUUCUAAUUGAAGACUGCGAGGGAAGGAAUCUGCGAAGCUCAAUAUAUGAUCUUAUGAAUGGCAGUACACACCUUACACAAGAAGUAAACUCUGUGAUAGCUGAACUCUCAAAAAUUGUUCAUGUUUCUAAAAGCAAGAAAGACGUGCUUCUAAAACCGAGGAAUUUGAAAGAGUUUAUGAAAGAUGAGGAGCACAAAAUGAAGAAAUUAAAAUGCGGAUUUCUGAGCUGCUCUUUCGUUUCUUUCCUUGGUGAUGACCAGUGAUAUUGACUUUCAAUUCCGUUCAGUAAUUAUUCUAAAAUUUAGUUAAAGUUCUUUUCAUCAUUACCUAACAAAAAUAUUACGAAAGCGGAACACCGAAGCGAAAAAAGGAAACCACCACAAGCUAUAGGGAAAUGGAUUCUAGUAUUAUAAUAAACAAAUGCAUUUUGCUCCUUAAAUGAGACAACAGAAGACCUUCAAAGAAAAACCGACACAACUUACUCCAAGUUUCGUCGAAGAAAACAGAAAGAAACAACAAAAAAAAAAACGAACACAAAAAUCCCAAACAAACAAACAAACAAAGAUAACAUUGAUAAAAAAACUUCGUUUUAACAAAAGAUGAUAGGUCAUUCAUCAGAGAUAUAAUAAAUGACAAAUUUGAAGAAAAGGAGGAACAUUUAUUAGAAUCUGUCAUCAAACGAUAAGAAAUUUUAGAAGAUGAAAUUUAUAACAAAUCAGCCACCACCUCAAAGCUUGAUUCCGAGAUAAGCACAAACAAAGAAGAUUAGAACAAUCAAAAGAAAAGAAGAAAAAUGAAUUAAAAAUAUUAUAAUAAGAAAACGAAAAAUUGAAUGUAAUAUACUUUUAUCGCCUUUAAAUUUAUUAUAUUUGAUAGUAUGAAUGUCAAAAUGAGUAAAAUAUAUUGUGCUUGCAGUUAAAUAUAUAAGAUUUGAUAGCUUGAUUAUAUAGUUUGAAUGUCAAAAUGAAUGCAAUAUAUUUUGUUUGCAGUUAAGUGUAUUAGAUUUGAUAAUAUUAAUGUUAUGAUUUUCUUGCAAUUAAAUUUAUUAAAAUUUAUAGUAUGAAUGUCGAAAUGAAUGCAAUGUAUUUUGCUUGCAGAUACAUUUUUAGAUUUGAAAGUAUAAAUG